AUGGACGACUGGGAGGAAGGGGAGAUAGCAGAAGACGAGGAUCCAAUAGCCAAACCACUCAAUAAUGUAGAUGCAGCAGAAAAUUACGGUUCUGGCUCUGAUCUUGAACUGGAAUUAGAUAGCGAAGACGACGGUGAUGAUGUUGCCAAAGGCGCACCCAGCUCGUCCAUACCACGACAUAUGAGCCAAGCACAGUAUUCGAAACUCAUCCAUCCACCUACUCCACCGCUCUCGGAUGCAGCUACAUCUACCAGCAUGCCAUCAACGUCAACAUCAAAUCCACUAAAAGCCAAAACUAAGAAAAAGCACAAAAAGAAUAGUAAUAGACCAGUACCGUAUCCGAUACCUCAACCAUCUACUGUAAUAAAUGUGCCAAAUCCACCGAACGCCACCGUCCGUACAUGCUACUUGUCAUUAGGACACAUCAUGAAGGGCAUGCAUACCAAAAUCCAAAACCCACUUGCUGCGGAUCAAGUCGCUCGUGAAAUAGGACUCGAGAACAACGCCAACAUUAUAAACGUGAAUGUAAUUCAGGAUAAAUGUUGUGCUUUUGUGACUUUUGCUAGUCAUGACCUGGCAAAGGAAUAUGUCGCUGAAAAGACAAUAAAUCCUAUCAUGUGGCAGGGGUAUAUAUGUAAAGUUGGAUGGGCUAGCUUUGACCCGGAAGUCAUCAUUAAGAAGACUGGCAAUGCUGUCAAGGAUCGGGCCGCGAGGAAGACGGAGAAGCAGGCUGCUAAAAAGAGAAAGCAGGAACAGGCUGUUAAACAGGAAGACGCAUCAGCUACAAUAAGAGAAGCUAGGCAAAGUGAAUCAGAUGAUAAGAAUAAUAGUAGGGGUGGUGGAAAGACGUUGAAAAUCAGGCCUGUACCGCUCAUGGAAGAUGUCAUCAUGGCUGAAGUAAAACAAGAAGCCAUCAUCCCAACUCUAAAUCCAACAACAACACCACAACCACCACCCACAUCCAAAACAAACAGUGACGAAAUGGAUAUAUUCGAAUACAUAACAGCAAUCAGUAUAGGAGUCAGAUCAGAUCUAUCUCAAGCCCUCCUCAACGCCGAUUUAUCAGACUUGACAAACCUAGUCCUUGAUUUAGAGCCACCGAUAUCUCGCCCUUCCGUCUCAACAACUACACCAGUACCAUCAUCCAAUAGUAGAACAUCAGAAAUAAGCGCAACUCAAAUAGCCAAAUACCAAGAAGGAGAAGCACAGUACAAAAAAUGGGCGUCUACAAUCCCAUGUCAGUUCUAUAUAAAGAGACGCUGUGCGUUGGCUGCACAUUGUGAUUUUUCACAUGAUGUUAUAUUGAAAAAGAACAAGAAACCAGUUGACAAUGGUAUUGAUGAUAUACGAAGCAGUACCAUGUGCACAUUUAUGGUUCGUGGGAAGUGUACUCGUCGAGAUGCAUGUCCCUUUGCACACGACAAGAAGGAUGUGCCUUGUAUAUACUUCCACUUGUGGAAGAGCUGUAAGAAAUCCGAGGAGGAAUGUGAGUACUCGCAUCAGGGGAUAACGGAUGCACGGUUAGAGUUGUUGAAGGAGGAGUGGGAGCGUAUGAAGAUGUCGUCGUCUGAUAGAGCAAGUGUAAAUAAUAAGGCUAUGGUCGUCAGUGGAGGUUCUGCUAUGGUCGUCAAUCAAAGUCAAACCUGA